AUCACCCCCUCUUCUUCUUCUUCUUCUUCCUCCUCUCUUUCUUCGACUCUCGUUCUCUUCAAUUUCUUCUUCCUCCUUCCGCUCGUCGAUGCGAUGGACAACGUGGCGUGGGAAGAGACAGACGCCGUGCCGGAGGGCGGAUCGAUGGCCGCCGUUAGAGCUGAUGGCGGAGGGAGUGGCGGCGGGGAGCAGCUGAAGAGGAUACGAUGGGAUCGGUUUCUGCCGAGGAGAUCCCUCCGGGUGCUGCUCGUGGAGCAUGACGACUCCACGCGGCACAUCGUUGCCGCCCUUCUCAGGAAAUGUAGUUAUCAAGUUGCGGCGGUUGCUGAUGGGCUGAAGGCGUGGGAGGUGAUGAAGGAGAAGAGUUUCAGCUUCGAUCUCGUGCUUACGGAGUUUGAGAUGCCCUCGCUUUCUGGAAUCGGUCUUCUUGGAAAGAUUGUGGGAACAGAGGGGUGCAAGAACAUUCCUGUGAUCAUGAUGUCUUCUCAUGACUCAGUUGGAAUAGUACAUAAAUGCAUGCUAAAGGGAGCUGCAGAUUUUCUUGUAAAGCCAUUGAGGAAAAAUGAAUUGAGGAAUUUAUGGCAGCAUGUGUGGAGGAGGCACUGUUCAAGCAGCUAUGCUUGUGCUUCAGAACAAAAUGCUGCCAGCAAUCAUAUUAGUUCAAAUGCUGGUGACUGGUCCCAGACUGGUGAAACCAGUGACAAAGGAAGUGAUGCUGAUCAGAUUUUGGGUUGCAAACUGGGCACUAAAGUUGGGAUUUCUCAAAACCAGGCUGAAACUGUUCUGGCUAAACAUGGUCAGUCCCCUAGGGAAGCUGAAGCACAUCCAGAGCAUCCUCGAAACGACAUGAAUACAAUGGUUGAUUCAUCAGCUCUGGAUGAUAAUUGGGCUUUGCGAGAUAAAACUUUUAUAAUUGGCGAUGUUGCAGUUCAACCUAGUAAAAUGGCUCUUUUAGUAGAAAACAGUGGGCAUACUUCUCAUGUGCAGGAUGAUUUGGUAUCAUUAAGAUGUGCAAAGAGUGGCAAUGAGAAGCCUAACUUACAUAAUCAAAUAAAUUCUCAGGAGGAGCCUGCACAAUGUUCAGAUGGACUUAUGAAGUCAUUGUCAAAUGGACAAUGCUCUCAUAAUCCCAUGAAAACUGCUGUUAUGGAUGAAAAUGUAUCAGUUGAGGCUGCUAGAUCUUCUCAAAUGAAGCAUAUAUUCAGUCCUAGCACCCUACCUCUAUGGGAGCUUUCUUUAAUGACACAAUUAAAUGGAGGUGUACAACAUGAUUUUAAGCAGAAGAACAUAUUAAAUCAUUCAAAUGCAUCUGCCUUCUCGAGAUAUGGUGGCAGUUCUCCCAAUAGUGCAGGCAAGUCAAAUUCAUCAUCCACAUGCAACAGAAACAAAGAAUAUGAAUAUGGUGAUCAACCACAGUCACAUUUGAGUUGUUGUGGCACUGAUACUGUGAAGUGCUCACUUCCUGCAUCUACCAUUGAAGGUGUAGAACAAUGUCAGAUAUCUUCCGAUGUAAACAUGGAGGAAGUUGGUGAUUUUUCUUCAGAUGUACAGCCACAGAAUGCCUAUUCUAGCAGAAAUGAUAUUCCUCUCCAUUCUCAACUAGGUUUUCUGCCAUUGCCUAUUCCUGUUGGAGCAGUUCCUUACACAAGCUUCUGUACGGGGUAUGGGGAGGUUUUGCGACCAAUAAUCUAUCAGGAUAGCGCCUUGACAGUGCAGAAUUUGGCUGUGGCAGAGAAUGGGCCAUCAAAAAUUUAUUCCGAUUGCUCUAAGCAACUGGAUGAAAAUUUUGCAAGUCAUUCAGGAUCAAUUGAAUUUCGCUGCAACGAUUUAAAUCAUCCUCUCCCUUGUAGGGGGCAAGUAAAUGAUACAGGUGGUGUAGAACGGAGAGAUUUUUCGUGCAACCAUGUUGAAGAGGAUAUUCUAAAAGGUGAUGGGAGCAAUGGUAGUGAUGACGCAACAACAAAUGCAGCUGCAACAACAGGUACGAGUCUGGAAGGUUGGAAUGAAAGCAGUAUUCAAAACUGUAAUAUGAACGGAACAAAUUCUGAUCUUUCGCAUCGGGAGGCUGCCUUGAUUAAAUUCCGGUUGAAAAGGAAAGAUAGAUGCUUUGCGAAAAAGGUUAGAUACCAUAGCAGGCAAAAGCUUGCAGAGCAACGACCAAGAGUAAAAGGUCAAUUUGUGAGUCAAAAGAUCCUGGAACUCUCUUUAACACAAGAAUCAGACGGCUAAUACUCUUUCCAGUCUAACUCUCCAUGGCUUGUUAGUCACAACUGAUGAAGUGCUGCAAGCGUAUCACAGUUCAUAUUUCUCCUAAUAAUAGUAAAAGCUCUGGCAAAUACUGCGAAGCUGCAACCUGAAUCAAAUUUUCCUUCUCUCUUGCCUUUAAACUGGAAGUAAAUUUCGCUUGUACAUUUCUGUUCACAGUUUGGAUUCCUUCCAACGGCAGAAAAAGAUCAAACGUUAAUGUAUUUUCUUAGAGCAUCUAUGUGAUGUGUUGGCGAUUAAGCCCUUACAGUAAACAUGUCGGCUGUAACGUAUAUCUUUGUUUUUUAACAAUAUUAAUCAAGAAUUCUCUCCUUUUUGAAGCUGGCUGAUGGGUUAAAACAAAAUGAUUAGGAAACUGUAAAGCUUCUGCUUGACUAGAGGGUAAUCAAAUUAAUACAAUUCUUCUGCUA